AUGACGGCCACCUCCAAUAAUCUAAACCUCAAAUUAGCCACUACUCUGCUGGAGCAUGAACGGCAACAGGAUGCGUCCAGCCAAGCGUGGACAACAGGCAUCCGGUCGAUCGAUGCCCAGCUCAAGGGAUUCUUCACGGGAGGCAAAGUCAUCGGUCUGGCGAGCUGCCCCGAUGCCGACCUGACAACUUCCCUCGCUACUCAUAUCAUCUCAACGCAACUAACAAUUCAAAACCCACAACCCACAGCCGAUCCAACGCCCCAAGUCUUCAUCAUCAGCCCGCCCUCAACCCAAACAGCCGUAGCCAUCGCCACCUGCCUGUCCCAACGCCUACAACACCAGCCAGCCGACUCCCGGCCCGACUCAACCGCCCUCCUCUCCCACAUCCAGAUCCUACAGUACCUCUCGCUCAGCGGCCUAACCGAAAGCCUCGCCGACGUGUCCGCCGCCCUCUACGACAACGACAGUGCCAGUGCCUCCGCCAGCACCAGCGGCGGCACCACCAUCCUCCUCCUACAAGGCCUCUCCGCCGCCCUCUCCGAAACCGCCCGCCGCAGCGGCGCAACGCACACCGCUGCCGUCGCCGCCAACAUCCUACGCUCGCUCGCGCACCUCAGCCGGACCUACGCCGCGAGGCUCCUCGUGCUGAUUGAGUUGGACCUCGAGGGUAACGGCAACACCAAUGCCAGCACCACGACCCGUGAUUCGCAGGCCACGAGGCACCCGGCGGGUCUGCCCUCGGCGUUUUCUUCGCUGAAAGGCGAUGCGCUGGUGUUGGGGCCGGCGGUGGCGCCUCUCGGCGACAUACUGGAUGGCGGCAUGGAUGAGAUUGUCGUGGUACAUGGCGCUUUUGGCAGGGCGAGGGAGCAUGAUGGGCAGCAGGCCAGGAAUGGCCCAAACACAGGGAAGACGGCUGUUGUGGAGGUAGUGAAGGAUCGUACUGGCGGGAGGGUGGGGGAGUGGUGCCUAUGGGUUCACGCAUGA